ACAGAGAAAGCUUGCAGGACGACGAUGGCGCUCUUCGCUCUCUCGUCAUCUCUUUCUUCCUCUUCCUUCUGCCGUAAUUCUCGGAUUCCUUCUAUACGUUUCUCUCCUGUGUCCCGUGUUUCUCAUCCUAAUGUUUAUAAGCCAACAUUUGCUCCGCAAAAGUGUUUCAAUUCCGGCGCGAGCCUCCAUGGUUUUGGGGUUCCGGGUAAGUUUCCGAGUGUUAGGCUUAGGGUUUCGACGAGGUGCGAGAAAGAAGAUGCACAGAACGGUGAGAUAGAGGAUGAGGCGGAGCUAUUUGCGAGGCGAGAGAGCACGAUGCCGGAUAGAUUCAGACACUUGACCAAAGAAGCUCCGGACAGUCCUAUUAGAUGGCCCUGGUUUUUCGCAUUGGGAUUUCUCGUGUAUGCGUGGAGAGCAGUCUUGUUUGAACUAUCCAACUGGAGAAAGGCGACUUUCGCCAUCAUUGGAUUUCUUGGAGACCUUUCAAAGUUCGCAUUGGCCCUCGUCUUCCACUUUAUAGGUGAUCCCAUCACUUCUCUUAUCGCUCUCAUAGAGACUGCAACCUACAGUAUCCGGGCGUUCUACUCCGGGAUUGUGGCUUACACGCCAGUGAGAGAGUUAACCACGGUGAUCCUUCUUGCAUCCUCUGUGCUUGCAAUAGGAGAAGCAGUUUCACCAAACUCGAUCACCAAGCAGCCGUAUGUUGUAACUCUUGCGGGUCUCUUGGGGUAUGCAGCUGUGCAGAGUUACAUCUCUGAGCCGUUCUUCUGGACUGUCUUGGUUGGUCUGUAUGGAUACUCUCGGUUGAUAAAGAAGAGAGACGAUGUAACAUCGGCGCUUCCUUCUGCAGCUGUUCUUGCAGGAGUAGGGGAGCCAUGGGUUAGAGUGGUGGCCAUCACAGGGUAUCUGGCUCUAGCCAUGUAUCACAAUUCAACUAAGACCUCAGAAGAAGAAGAAGGACAGAGCUUAAGGAGGGCACCACCAAUUCCGUUGUUGGCUGCAGCCUUGGCCAUUGGCGUCCGGCUUGCUGCAAAAUGGGCUGGUUACAGACACUUGACUUGGAUGAUUGUUUGAUUCUCCGCUCGGUUGUUUCUGGAAAAAUAAAAUAAAAUUUUGAGACCAACAAAAGUAGUUUGUGUUGUACUUGUAGCUCACCCCCCAUGUAUUAAGGGUCCAACUGGUGACCAUAACUGAAGAAAGGAAUGAUAGGGAAUAUGAUAUUCCUUUCCAUUCCCAAAUAUUUUUACCAUUUAAAUGGAAUUUUUAU